AUGGUACAAGGCGCGGAUGUGACUACAGAGAACGAACACACGCCGAACCUGGAACCGUCACCUGUCGUCGUUGUCCCCGUUACUUUUUCCGUGGACGCGUAUGGCGUUACUCAUACUAUUAUGGGCACAGUACCAUCAAUUUCCGGCGCCUCGACCUCCACUAGCUCCGUAUUGGAGAGCGCCACCCCAGCUUCGGCACCCGCCACUACCACAACGAGCUCGAGUACCUCCACGACAGACUCAACCACGUCGGAGUCUGCGACGCACUCUUCUGCAUCUGAGUCAUCCGCCAACGUUGACACUUCCUCAUCGGCUGUGCCCACGACUACUCGCCAUUCGUUUGGCGAUACCUUGGAGAGCUUUGUUUCGAGCCUGUUGGGCUCUACCAGCACUAUUGCAAGCAGCGCCUCGGCAAGCCCCACCGCUAGCCCGACCACGGCGCAGACUGACACCAAGGAAACGCCUUCGACCACAGAAGAGGUGCCGACGACGACCGAGAAGGCUGCGAAGACCACUGUCACCCCCACCACGACUUCUACCUCCUCGGACUCCGAUGAUUAUCUGCCAUCCAGCAUCCUGAUUGUCGAGACCACGACUUCCAAGGUUGAGCACACGGGUACUGCGACGCACUCGGCCACUUCCACUGCUAGCCCUCAGCUUCCUGGGUCGAUCUCCCCCGCUGGAGGUCUUCCCGAGAGGCCCAAGAACGAUACCCUGAUCCAGAUCGGGUUCAACGGCAAGCUGCGCUACAGCUUCGUGGCCACGACGCCCUUGUCUUCGUCCCAGAUCUUCAUGUAUGUCCCGGAGGGUCUCGGUUAUGCCCUGGCGCUCAAUGACACCGACGUGGUCAUGUACGACAUCCAGCCCUAUGACAACUCGGCUAGCACGGGCUACAUCGCCACUGUUGCCUUGGCCUACAUCCCAUCGGGCGAUGUGGACACGCUGAGGAAGAUGCUUCACAACCCGAUCUCGAAACUGUAUGAGCAGCCGAGCGAGACGGUCAAGACGUUGAUGUCGAUGAUCGACCCGUCGAUUCCUCUUCUGGUGGGCGAUUCGGUCUCGGCUUCCGGCGACAGCUCCUCCAGCUCCGGUGGAUCCGGCAGCAGCGGCAGUGACGGUGAUGGAAGCGAUAACGACGAGCAGUCGGACGCUGGAACCAGCAGCUCCGGCACCACCAAGGCCAGCGCGGUUGGCAUUGGUGUCGGUGCCGUGGCCGGUGCUGCGGCGUAUGGUGCGGGAAUGUUCUGGGUUGCCCAACGGUACCGCAAGAAGCGCCAGCUGCACCAGCGGUCGCCCUCGAGCGCGGACCAGAUGAGCGAGGCGCAUGCUGGAUCGGCGUUUGCCGCGGGAGGUCGUAUGUCUCGCGGCAGCCAGAACAGCCGCGGCACAGCGCGGUCGCAGAUGAUUAGUGCGCCAGUGAUGGCGGAGAAUUCCCUCGGCUGGAACUAA